UACAAACAGUUGGCAGCACUGAGUGACCACUCUUGUUUUGCUUGUCACAACAAAAGUUGUUACUGUAAUGUCUUGUUGAAAAAUAAAAAUUGCUUAUAUUUGUGUAGAUUUUUUUUCCAUAUUUUCUUUCAAUGCACUAAAUUUAUAUUGAAUUCACUGUUACACAAUAUUGACACACUUGUCUACUUUUGCAGUACAGUGCUUAUGAUAAAAUGACUGUAACUAAAGGAAGACGCCCGAGUUACAUUUUUCCCAAGUCCAAUCAAACUUCUGGCUCAGAAUCCUUACAUAUAGCAACUCCUUCUACGACUGACGUAGAUUCCGAUACAGAAGCAGCCCCUCGUCGGUUUCCGUUGAAGAAUGGUGCAUGCACAAUAUUCGAAACCAUAUACGUUGAUCGAAAAAAUGUCGGUCGCAGGAAACAAAGAAUGUUGUUCAAUCAUCUACGAAUUGUUGACGAAGAAGUCGAGGACAGUGAUUACUUCCAAUUGAUGGAAGAUUAUAAAACUCCGUUCGCUAGAGUUUUAGGAGAUGCAGAUGCAUUGAGGCAGUGGAACGAGUUUAUUGAACUGCCUGAAGAAGAGCAGCGACAGUUGACAGAGCUUGUGCCUAACAUUCAACCUAUACAAUCAGGCAAACGAGACAAUCUUCGACCAAAAUUAUCAUCGAGAAUUAAACGUGCCAUAAAGAUUAAGAAAGACCUUUCGUUGGACAUGGUGCAAACUAUAGAAAAUGGGUUAGUUGAUUAUUUUUUAUGCUCCCCAGAAGGGAUUUUCGUCUCUACCCCACCGACAAGUUUUGAACGUUUAUUGCUGCACGCCAUUGCAAACUAUCAUCAUUUGAAGUCGAUAAGUAUUAUUGAGAUUGAAAUUCGUACUGUUCAAGUGACGUGUAAUGAGGAGGUAUGGAAACCGAUGGAUGUCUCAUUUUGUAACUUUGCAAAACAACUGAGUCAGUAAUGUGUGUAAGUGCCCGAGCACCUGCCAAGUUCAAAUCAUUGUUAAUCGUAACCUAGAUUUAAGAUCAUUGCUUGUUCAUUAUUAAUGUAAGCUUUGAAACAUUUGAGCAAUUAAAGUUUUCAACAUUUGUGUAAA